UUGCACCCUACAGGUUACCAACAAGAUUAGCCGGUCAUUACCAAUGACGUGGCAUUGUACCGUUGUUGUGGGACCCAUUUGACACCGUUCUUUCUUUUAAAACCCCCAAUUCUGGUCAUCCCCCUUAUUUCCCCUGCUCAUCAUCUUCAACCUCUUCCUCCUCUUCGAUCACCACUGCAAAUACCUUCUUCCACCAUUUUUUUUUUCUUAUAGCUUCUUCCACCACUACAAAUAGCUUCUUCCACGUUAAUGGAUUAUGGGCGUUCUGUUUCUGGAUAUUCACAAAAUUCACGAAUGGUUUUGAAAUGCGAAUGCGGCAACGAUGCGGUUGUGCGAACUGUGAAACACGGGCCUAAUGUUGGAAUGAAGUUCCAUGGAUGCCCUUUAUGGCCAAACACGAAAUGUAUUUUUUUCAGAUGGAUAAGUGAUCAUAAUCAGAAUGAAGAGCUUGAAAUAAAGAUGUUGGAGAUGGAGCAACAACAACACUUGAUGGCAGAGAAAAACAAAAAGUUAAAGGGGAAGAAAAAGAAUCUGGAGGAGGAGAAUCAGGAACUGAAAAUCGAGCUUUGCCACACGCGCGUUGAGCUUAUGAAGACCUCUAGAAAUGAGAAGAAUUUCUCCAUGGCCUUGUUAUGUUCUUGGGUGUUUUUUUGCAUCCUACUUAUGUAUUUGAAGUAGUUGGUAGUUGGUGAAUUGGUUUGCGUUUUGUUGGAAUGCAGGAGUUAUGGAAAACUCGGGGUUUUAGUAGCUUUGUAGAAGUUUACUAGAUUUUAACAUGUAAUGUAUUGAAAUUGCAUCAAUGAAGCUACAACUUGUUUACACAAUAAUAUCAGUUUCAAACA